GGGAAAUGCAUUUCUUUAAAAAACCGCCAAUUCCAAGAAUCUUGUUAUUUUAUUAUUUUAACUUAGUCAAAAUAGUGAUAAGAGUGUGUUGAAGGAAUUCUUAUGUUAACUGUCGUGUAGUAAUGGUGUGGAUGUGUAAAAUGAAAAGAGCUUAUUUGAUAAAUUUUUUCAAAAUGUUUUUUUAAAAUUUUAUUUUUAAUCAAUACAUUUUAAUAUUUUUGGGAUUCCUUUAAAUAAUGUUUAUUAACACAUUGUUUUUUUAUCAUUAAUGUUUUAUUAUCCACCACUUCAAUAUAGAAGAUAGCCGUUAAAUUUCUUGAAUAAUAAUGGUUGGUGAGAGAGUUUAUAAGAAUAAUCUUUCGAAUUCCCCGAGUGGUGGGAUGAAUCCUCUUCUGGAUGACGAGUCUAGCUCGACACUUCUGUGUGACUGGUUUGACCUGAAUUCUGACAAUUUGUGCUACACAAAGAGCGCAAAUUCACGAUCCCAGACCAAUUACUCAGAUCCCGACACAACGCCGAGGGAAUACUCAACACUCUCAUCCACUAGUCCUACCAUCCAAACCAAUACUAACGAUUAUAACCAUGAAUUAGAAGACACCCAGCCUUAUAACCAGUAUGACUACGGAACUGUGGGACUAAGUGGAGAAUUUGACGUUAACGCUAACCAUUUUGUCCACUCUCUCACUGACGUGAACACUUAUACAGGAUCCAUUGAUGGCAUCACUAGUUACGAGGGAGUUAGCACAGUAAACAGAUACGCAGGAGAUGGAAUUAGAACACCAGGAACAUCGGCAUAUAACAGAUUAAACAGUGAAAUAGUUGAAACAAGCACAAUAAUUUCUGACGGAAUAACUGAGGAACCAGUUGAGACCGCACGUAACUUCUUCUACACUCCCACUCCUCCAAUUGACAUUCAUUCUGAGAGUUAUAACUUAAUGAACAACUUCUUUAAAACAGUGACGUCAAAGAAUGUGAGUGAGUCUGUGGAAGAUUGGGGAAUUGACAGGUCAAUUUACACCAUUUACUCAAGGUCCGGGUUCUUUGCCGACUGCUAUAACGCAGAUAAACUCAACUGUAAGGAGUAUUUGAGUAGUUGGGGCAUGGAAUCGUUUGCAGAGUGCAGAAUUCCACUGAUUUUCUGCAUAAUUCUCACUGAUAAGGAAGUUCGUAGGAACGAAGUACAGUCUUCAAUUGUCCCCUUAGCAAUUAAUCUCCUGGAUCGUUACAUGUCCAGGAAUAAAAACUCUUUGAAUAAGUUGUUCAAAUUUGUUCUUGAUAGGGUGAGAUUUUCAAGCUCAGAUGACAGUUCUCUCUACCUAUUAACUGAUAUAGUCAAUCCCUUAAGUUACAACACCGCCAGGUCCAGUGUUAGUAACGGAGAUAGCCUGAAUAACAGUUCUAGAACAAGCUUGGAAUCUGAAGAAGUUUCUUCUCAAGAUCAAUCUCAUUUUCUUAUGGAUUCAUUUCAUUUCUACACCAUUGAUUGUUCCAACUCUUUUGAUAACAGUGCUAAUCGUAGGGACUAUAAUUUUAAUCAUAUGGAUUCUAAUGUUAAUGAUAUUUUUAAUAACAAUGCGACGAAUAAUGCUAAUAAUGAUCUAGAUGAUAUAAAUAAUAGCAUUGAUAGUGUAAGGAUAAAUUCUGAAAUUGUUUAUAAUUUGAUAUCUGCAGCCUGUUACUUUAUUGCAGAUCGUUAUAAUGGGCUCGCGAAUGUAUCAGUUCGAGUUCUUUUGAUGCAGUGGGUAUCAAUAUCGAAGCUUUUUACCAGAACUCGAUGUGCAUCAUUUUAUAUUGCACGGAAUAAAAACGUAUCACUCUCCGUGAUUAUGUCAAUAAUGUUUGACAUUUUGAGGACUCUGGACUACGUCAUCACCACUCCAUUCGUAUCGUACAUGACUCAGGCGUUGAUUAUAGCAUCCUUCGAUCUUCCGUAUCCACAGAACCCAUCGCAGCUCAAUAUUUACCAGAAAACCGCCUCAAUUCUGGCUAGAGUGGCCCUCAUCGAUGACACAUUCCACAGGUUUGCUGCAUCAAUAAUAACACUCUCAAUCUAUGCUCUGGUACGAAAAUUGGCCACACAUGAUAAGGUCAUUGCAGAUGAUUCAAUGACAUGGCUAAUAGUGGAUCAGUCGAACCCAGAGAUCAGUAAUUGUAUGAACUUGCUGACUAGUACCCUAUCACAGUUUGUGAACACUGAGUUGCUCGACGUGCUCGCACAGCCAGUCAAGGUGAAAAACAAAAAUGAAGAAUUCUUCACGUGCAUACUGCAGUCGGACUCAAGAAAUAUCAGUCUCGACACUAUAAAGUGGAUUUCAAAUUUACUCUCAAAUUAAUUUUAUACUCGCCA